AUGGAAGGUAAAUCUCCAGACCUGGAAUCGAUAGGGUCUGGUACAACAACAAAGAGGUCAAGUGUUUCAUCAGGAAGUCGAUCUCGUACUCGUAGAGAUUUCCUUAGCAGAUUCACUGACUCUGCACAUUUCACUGAAAAGCUUGAAGAUUGGUUUGCUUCAACAUUAGAAAACUCGGCGAGCGAAGGACCGGUCUUUGAUGUUCCUUUUGAGUUGGUUGAGCUUCAAAAGUUUGAUUAUGCAUUAGAAGGGAUUUCUUUCCAGCAGCUUACUCGGAUGCCAAGUCCUGUUUACGCUUCUUCGUCUAAUGCUCUGGAGGCUAAGGCUUAUCUAGCUAUUGAGGAUUUUCUACACGCCACUGUUAAGAGCUUGUGGGAGGCGUUUUGGAGCGAGGCUCUUUUCUAUGCUGUUCGUAUACUCAUCGCAAGGAGUGUGAGCCGUUUAGAUUUUUCUCAAAGCUCAAACUGUGUCUUCAUUCUUCUAGUUGAUUCGCAGUAUGGAGGUGUUGUAAAAGUUGAAGGGGACGUAAAUAAAUUGGAUUUUGACUUGAACAAUGUUUAUGAGUGCGCAGCAGAUUGGAUAAAGAAGCAUUCUAAGAUAGCAGUGUCACCAGUUGACAGAAUAUGGAACAAGCUGGGAAAUGCCAACUGGGGAGACAUUGGUGCUUUGCAAGUGGUGUUUGCCACUUACCAUAGUAUAAUGCAGUACUUUGGGGCACCCAGACAUUCCAUUGAAGACUUAGCUGCUGACCAUAGUUCUCGCCUUCACUCAAGACGACAGGAGAGGCAGUUGGGAGAUACUAGUCUCAGUGAAAAUGGUAUGUUUAGGUUCCAGCAGAGUACCAUGUCUCCUGAAAUUGUCGAAGUUCAAGAAGAAUCAACCAAAAUCGAGCCUGAACCUUCGAUGAAACUGGAAGUUGGAUCGGUUCUAUGGUUGGAGGAGUCAAACUAUCAAAAAGGUUAUCAGAUUAACGAAAUAUUGACUAAUGGUACACUUCCUUAUCAUAUUGCAUCGCCAGUGGAUGAUGCAGGGAAGUCUGUGUUUCUGUAUGUUGGUUCUCCUCCUUCACAGCUUGAGCCAGCUUGGGAAGACAUGAACUUAUGGUAUCAGGUUCAGAGACAGACUAAGAUAUUAAGUAUAAUGAAACAGAGAGGACUCUCUAGCAAAUACCUGCCGCAGCUCCAUGGGUCUGGUCGGAUCAUUCAUCCAGGCCAAUGUCAAAAACCAAGUUCAGGUGGACGAUGUGAUCAUCCUUGGUGUGGAACUCCCAUUCUUGUGACUACUCCUGUUGGCGAGACAGUAGCUGAUUUGGUGAACGAGGGUCGGUUUGGUCCAGAAGAAGCUAUUCGAUGUUGCCACGAUUGCUUAUCUGCACUUUCUUCAUCCUCUUCAGCUGGAAUUCGACACGGUGAUAUCCGCCCAGAAAAUGUAGUUUAUGUCACUUCUGGUGUAAGACAUCCUUACUUUGUACUAAUUGGUUGGGGUCACGCGGUGCUUGAGGAUAGAGAUCGACCCGCAAUGAAUCUUCACUUCUCCUCGACUUACGCACUCCAGGAAGGGAAACUCUGUGCUGCCUCAGAUGCAGAGAGCUUGAUAUACAUGCUUUAUUUCUGUUCUGGAGACUUCCCUGAAUUGGAUUCAGUUGAAGGAGCUCUUCAAUGGAGAGAGACCUCUUGGUCCAAAAGAUUGAUUCAGCAGAAGCUCGGCGAUAUCUCAACCGUUUUGAAAGCAUUCUCUGACUAUGUUGACAGUCUAUGUGGGACACCUUAUCCAUUAGAUUACGAUAUUUGGUUGAGAAGAUUGAAGAGGAAUCUUUCAGAAGACCAUGGGAAAGAAAUUGAAUCUUCAGGCUAAGCUCUUAUAUAAACAUCCGAUUUCUUUUGAACAUUCUUUCAGGUGCUCUCUGUCUGCUUAACCUGUCCGAGACUGGAAGCCUCACGAUGAGAUGUAUCCUUCGGUUUUGCCAAGUCUGAAAAGUUUGGGACCUUGUUCUCUUCUUGUACAGGAUCUUUGGAAUGGAUUAGAUUCUGUGUUUUUCCCUUCGCUGUUAAUGCUCUGGUCCUUUUUCUUCAUUAUUAUUGUUAUCUUGAGAGUGAUUCUCUAUUAUUUUAUUGUAAAGGUGAGAGCUUUUGUUCCCAUUUUGACUUGUGUUAAACUUAACGAGUUUUUUAGUUUCUGUGCUUUCUUAACCUAAAUGUAACAUUGAUUUUGUC